GCGGGGCGCGGGACAGCGCCGCGCACUUCGGGCGCUCCACGCGUGACAAGCCCGCCGGAGGGGCGGGACCGCCGUGACACCCGGCGGUAACCGCGGCGGGGCUUCCCCCUCUGAUUCUUCCCUCUCCCUACAGCGAUUCCCGCUGAAAUGCGGCGCCCCACGCUGGCAUGAGCCCCCCCGUCGGGAGCAGCGCGCCCCGGGCACCGCCGCUUUCCCUGGCCGCAGCUCGGUGUCGGGAAGAGAGCGCUGUCGCCGCGGAGCCGCCGCUCGCAGCAGCGCCGGACGGACGAAGAUUUCCUAUAUGAUAAAGAGUGUAUACCCAGACUGCAGAGAGCCAAACGACCCACCAAGCAUCACUCCUGAGCCAGGGCAGCUGCACUAGGGUCAGAGCUGGCCCAGCACCUCUUUCCUGAAAUGAUGUGAGAGGCAGUACUAUUUAUUGAAGUUGCUGUUGUAGGUGAAUUUCUGAUGUGAUUGCACAGUGCAGUGGUGGUUGGAGCCCUGCUGUUGCCUCGUUCAUCGGAGCUGCUUCACGAGAGUGCAAAACACUUCUGAGCAGGUUCAGCACACUGGAAGCAUGGCUACAAGUGCCGUUCCCAGCGAAAACCUCCCCACGUACAAGCUGGUGGUUGUUGGAGAUGGUGGUGUGGGGAAGAGUGCUCUCACUAUUCAGUUUUUCCAGAAGAUUUUUGUGCCAGACUAUGACCCAACUAUUGAAGACUCCUACCUGAAGCACACAGAAAUAGAUGGGCAAUGGGCAAUUCUUGAUGUUCUGGAUACUGCAGGCCAAGAGGAGUUCAGUGCAAUGAGGGAGCAGUACAUGAGGACUGGAGAUGGUUUCCUUAUUGUCUACUCGGUGACGGACAAGGCCAGCUUUGAGCACGUGGACCGGUUCCACCAGCUGAUCCUCCGAGUCAAGGACAGGGAGUCUUUUCCAAUGAUUUUGGUGGCAAACAAAGUUGAUCUAAUGCACUUACGGAAAAUUACAAGAGAACAGGGGAGAGAAAUGGCAACAAAACAUAACAUUCCCUAUAUAGAAACGAGUGCCAAGGACCCACCUCUGAACGUGGACAAGGCUUUCCAUGAUCUCGUGAGGGUAAUAAGGCAACAGAUACCAGAGAAAAGCCAGAAGAAGAAGAAAAAGACCAAAUGGCGAGGGGACAGAGCCACGGGCUCCCAUAAACUCCAGUGCGUGAUUUUGUGACGGGACACCCUGGGAGUGCUUUGGCUGCCUCCCUCCUCCCCUCUUGACCCACCGCCGGCCCAGGCGAGGAGCCGCAGCUGGAUGCUGAUGCCCACAUGGCCCCGUGGCCCCUCGGGCUCCCCACGGCAGCUCAGACUUGGAGGAGGCGGCUCAGAGGGUCCGGACCCCCCCGGAGAGGGGCUGCACAUCAGGGCCAGCGUGGGAGCUGUGCCAGUGGGAGGCGGAAGGGAUCGGCAGGACCUUAACUCUCAAACAUCCCCAGCACCUUCCAGGGGCCUCCAUGAUGUUUAUUAAAAAAAACCCAAACAAGGCAGAAGUUAAAAAAAAAAGUGUUGGUUUUAUCUGCAAACAUUUCUCUUUGUGACCCAUUUCUGAACAGCCUUGAAUAGCCCCCCUGUUUGGUACAGUUGUCUGUGUAUGUGUGGGGGAAGGGAAAGGGUUUUUCUUUCUCUUAAUUUUUUUUUUGUCCUCUUCUUCCUUUGUGUUGUUUGCUCAGCGAGUGUUGGGUUGCAAAGAAACAACGGCCAGGCUUAGAUUUUUUGCACUGAACUCUCUCUUGGGCGGCAGUGCCAAAACACAACUUCAUAUGAAAGUGCAUAGAUUUGGAGGAAGAAAAUUAGUUCCAGCUGCUCUGGGUGCUCCAGACAUUGUGUCAGACUCUGGAGGGUCGCCAGCUCACAGACCAUAAACUCCAGCUUAGGAAAGGAGGUUUGGGCUUGGAUUAUUUUUUUUUUUUUCCUUACCCUUUGUCAAGAAGUUUUGUUUCUGUUUUGUAACUUCGGACAUGUCAAACUUUAAGACAUUUUGUUAACCUGGAAGUAUUUAAAUUAAAGUAAUUUACAGAUGGAA